AAAUUAAAAUUAUUAAAUCCGUAAAGCAAAUAAAUUUUGUUAGUAACAAUCCGUUUUGUAAUUAAUCAGCUAAUUCUCUCUCCUUUAAUACAGUUUAUAAAGUCUUCCCCCUCAGAAACUCAAAAGAACAAAAACUCCAACACCGGCCCUUUUCCAUGGAAAUAACCGUAGAUCCUCCGCCGUUAUGGCCACAGCCGAUCAUCUCCGCACCUCGCCGACGGCCACCUUCUCCUGUUUUCAGCCUACCUGUUCUCAUCAUUCUCUUGCCCAUCCUCGCAUUGCUUCUCUUGUUCCUCGUGGUCCCUCCUUUUCUCUCCGUCACCGCUCAGAUUCUUAGACCUCUCGGUGUCAGAAAAAGCUGGGACUCUCUCAACGUCUUUCUGGUCUUGUUUGCUAUUAUUUGCGGCGUUUUGGCUAGAAGAAACGACGACGAUGAUGGCCACAACGGCAACGGCAUUAGAAAUGAUAGUAUUAGCGGUGAUAAUAGUAAGCCAAGCGGCCACCAUGUUUCGCAACAAUGGUUUGGGCAUCCGGAAAGAAAGAUAUAUGAUGACGGUGCUCCGAUCAAUGUGAGACCGUCGCCGGCAACCAGUGUGAGGAGGUUGAAGAGAAGCAGUAGCUCGUACCCAGAUCUGAGACAGGAUUCUUUGUGGGAGAAUAAUGAAGAUCGGUUUCGGUUUUUUGAUGAUUUUGAAAUAAAUAAAUAUCGAUCUUCAACGGGUUAUGGUGAUCAUCAAGUUCAUGUGCUUCGUAGGAGUUGGAGGAAUGAGUUCGAAGAAUCGGAAGCGAAGGUUAUUCCCGUUGAUACCUUUGUGCUUCGUUCUUCUACUUCAUCAACUCCGUCAAAGACUCCACCGCCUUUAACGCCGCCUCCACCGCCGCCGCCGCCUCCUGCAGCCCCACGUCAUAAACCAAGACGAACUUAUCAGGCAGCCGGACAGAAAGAUAAGGUGAUGAAUCGGAACGAUCGUGUUGAUCAAUUCGAUGAAAUUAAAUCUCCAUCAGGAACACCACCAUCGCCUCCGCCGCCACCUCCUCGGCGGCCACCAUCGCCGCUGGUUCAAGUGGGAAAUAGAUCAGAGCAGAAGUAUUCGAAGUUGCAACGUAGAAAAAGUAAUGCAACCAAAGAAAUUAAGAUGGUUUUUGCUUCGUUAAGGAAGAGAAAGAAGAAACACAAGUCAACAGAUCAUGAUCAUCAGCAAGAUUGUCCUUUACAUUCUCCACCACAGCCACCGUCUUAUUACUCUACUAGCACACGACCAACAUCGCCCCCACCACCUCCGCCGCCGCCGCCGCCGCCUCCAUCCUCUGUCUUUCAGAAAUACAAUCUCUUCAGAAAAGGCAGCAAAAGCAAAAAAAUCCAUUCUGUUCCUGCACCUCCACCUCCACCACCGCCAGCAGCAUUCUCGUUUUCAAAACGAUCAUCUAAGCAAAACAUUCAGAUUACACCACCACCACCACCACCACCACCACCACCGCCCGCACCACCACCACCACCAGCAGUCACUUCUUAUACAAAAAGAUUAUCAAAGCAAAAGAGUCAGAUCCCACCACCUGCACCACCAACAACGCCACCUGAAUCUUCAAGGAAGGCAAACAACGGCAGACCGCCAUUGCCAAUAAAAGCAAAUACUAGCUAUUACGACGAGAACGUGAACAGCGGUGGACAGUCACCAUUUAUUCCGAUUCCACCACCGCCACCCCCACCACCAUUUAAGAUGCCAGAGUUUAAAUUCGUGUUCCGUGGGGAUUUUGUUAAGAUACGAAGCAGUCCUAGUUCUCGCUGUAGCUCUCCAGACUUGGAAGAAAUUGAUGUUUCUUCAAGCAAAGAUGAUACAGAAACAGCGAGCAUGAUGGAGGGUGAUGAUGGGGCUGGCAUUGCAGGCGUCCCAGUGUUCUGUCCAAGUCCCGAUGUUAACGCUAAAGCUGAGACCUUUAUUGCCAGACUCCGGGCCGGAUGGAAAUUAGAGAAAAUAAACUCUUUGAGAGAGAAGCAAAGGACAUAAGCUCAGUUCAGAUCAGAAUUCCCAGUUUUUUUCUGGUCGAAUUUGGUUUCUCCGUAUACAUAAAGAUUAAUCAAAAGUUGACAAAACAUUACAACAGGGAUAUAUAUUGUAUUAAAUUUAGUAGAUACAUAACUAGGAAUGGAAAGACAGCUUCAUGGGAGUUAAUUUUUAGUUCACUGUCAUGAAGAUCCAAUCCUUAAGUUGGGUUUUUACAGCUUCUGAUGAUGAUUUGAAGAGUAUCAUUACAUAUCUCGGAUGCUACCAGGGGUACUUACUGGCUCUGACUGACUUUGCCGUUUGUUUUCACCGUUUGAAGCCUGAGCUGGAGGAGAUUAUUGUUACAAGUUUGAUCUUUUAUCUGUUUGCUGCCAUACAAGAAUAUUGAGAAAUUAAUUAAUUUGAUCUGUAUUGACAUUAAUGAGCUCUGAGUGUGUGUGUUUUUUUGUUUCAUCCAUUCAAGCCCCCUUUUUUUAAUUGUAGCAGUGCAAAUGGUGUGAGAGUAUUAUUUAAAGGCUUGUUCGAUGUUAUGAA